AUGGAAGUAGUUGAGUUCUCUCGUCCCGUUGGCUAUGUCUUCGAUCCUACAGACUGCGAAUUAGUGGGUUUCUAUCUUUCCAAAAAGAAAGCAAACCAACUCAUUCCUGGCAUUGAUUAUUUCAUUCCAGAAUAUAAUCUGUAUGGUUCUAAAGAACCUUGGCAGAUUUGGAAUUUCUUUAAACCGCGGCUUGGAGAGGAACGUGAUGAUCAAGAUUUAUAUUUCUUUACCAAAUUGAAGAAAAAGACUUUGAAAGGUUCAAGAAUCGAUCGUAGUGUUGGCACAGGGACAUGGAAAGGAGAAGAUGGUAGUACAGAAAUUGUAUACAACAAUCAGAGAAUUGGGUCUAAAAAGAGAUUUCGGUACGAAAACAAAGACUCCAAUCAACACGGAGGAUGGAUCAUGCACGAGUAUAGUUUGGAUUCGUCUUUGCUGCUUCCGGAUCAACAUAACGAUUACGUGGUCUGCCGUAUAAGAAAGAACCAACUAGCCCUGAAGAAGAACAAUAGAAGAAAGUGUCAAGAAGUGGAUUCUGAAAAGAAGAAGAAGAAUAAGGUUCAAGAAGUGGAUUCUGAACCACUACCACUCGCAACACUACCGGCUAGGAGUACAACCACAACCACCACCACCACCACCACCACCAUGGUGCAACAACCAUUACAACUUGAAGAUGAGACAGAGCUUUAUAGUGAUGAAUAUGCUUUCGCUAUUCGCCAAUAUCAGUAUGAAGACCAACAGAAUUAUUCUCUAUACUCCACCGUUAAUAAUUUGUAUUGA